ACUGAAGCUUCUUCUAAAACGACUACAGCACCUACGACAACCACAACAAUCUCCCCUUCGACAACUGUAGCUCCAACAACGCCCAUCACAACCGAAGGUCCUACUACCAUUUUAACUCCUACGACAACCACAACUGUAGCACCUACGACAAAGACAACAACAUCCUUUUCGACAACUGCAGCUCCAACAACUGUAGUUCCUACAACGCCAAUCAAAACUGCAGGACCUACUACCAUUGUAAGUCCUACGACAAACACAAAUGUAGCUCCUACAGCAACCACAACAGCAGCUAGUACAACAAAUGUAGCUCCAACGAUCACUACAACUGCAGCAGCACCAACUGUAGCUGCAUCCACAACCACUACUGCAGCCCCUAUGGCAACAACAACUCUAGCUACAAUAGCAAGCACAACAGUAGCUGCUACGACAACCACUGCCGCUUCUAUAACAUCUACAACAAGCGCAACAGUAACCCCUACGGCAACAACUACAGCUUCUUCUACGACAAAAAUUGUAGAUCCUGCGACCACCACAAAUGAUGCAGCUACUACAACAACCGCAGCUCCUACAACUCCAACUGUAGCUUCUUCCACAAGGACAAGUGAAGCCCCUACUGCAACCACAACAGAAGCUUAUUCUACAACAGCUGUAGAAACUACGACGACCACAACAGCAUCCCCUACGACAACUGCAGCUCCUACUACAACCACCGGAGCUCCUACGGCCACUUCAACAGCAGCAGCUCUUACAACAACAACUGAAGCUGCUUCCACAAGCACUACUGCAGCCACUACUGCAACCACAACAGAAGCUUAUUCUACAACAACUGUAGAAACUACAACUACCACAACAACAUCCCCUACGACAACUGCAGCUCCUACUACAACCACCGGAGCACCUACGGCCACUUCAACAGCAGCAGCUCUUACAACAACAACUGAAGCUGCUUCCACAAGCAAUACUGCAGCCCCUACUGCAACCACAACUGAAGCUUCUAACUGCAGCUCCUACUGCAACAACUGUAGCUCCAACAACGCCAAUCACAACUGCAGGUCAUACUACCAUUUUAACUCCUACAGCAACCACAACAGCAGCUACUGCUUCCACAACCACGACUGCAUUCCCUACUGCAACAACAACUGUAGCUUCUUCUACAACAACUGUAGCAACUGCGACAACCAUGAAAACAUCCCCUUCGACAACUGCAGCUGCUACUAUAACAAUUGUAGCACCUGCAACGUCAUUCACAAAUGCACUUCCUACUACCAUUUUAACUCCUACGACAACCAAAACAGCAGCUCCUACGACAACAACUCUAGCUCCUACAACCGCUACAACCUCAGCACCGACUACAUCAAUCACAACUGCAGCCCCUACUGCAACCACAACAACAGCUCCUACUACAGCUGUAGCACCUAUAACCACAACAGCAGCUACUACAAUACCUGUAGCUCCUACAACCACUACAGCACUUACUACGUCAAUCAUAACAACUGUAGCUCCUUCAAUGCCAAUCACAACUACAGCUCCUACAACAACAACUCUUGCUCCUACAACCUCUACAACUUCAGCACCCACUACGUCAUUCACAACUGCAGGACCUACUACCAAUUUACCUCCUUCGACAACCACAACAACAUCCACUACAACAACUGUAGCUCCUACAAUGUCAAUCUCAACUGCAGAUUCAACUGCAUCAACUGUUGCUCCUACGACCACAACUGCAGCAGCUCCAAUAACAACAACUGUAGCUGCUUCCAUAAACGCAACAGCAGCAUCUACUACGUCAAUCACAACUGCAGCUCCUUCAAUGCCAAUCCCAACUGCAGCUCCUACAACAACAACUCUUGCUCCUACGAACUCUACAACUUCAGCACACACUACUUUAUUCACAACUGCAGGUCCUACUACCAUUUUACCUCCUUCGACAACCACAACAACAUCCACUACAACAACUGUUGCUCCUUCAAUGUCAAUCUCAACUGCAGCUUCUACUUCAACAACUGUUGCUCCCACGACAACAACUGCAGCAGCUCCUAUAACAACAACUGUAGCUGCUUCCAUAAACGCAACAGCAGCACCUACUACAUCAAUCCCAACUGCAGCUUCUACUUCAACAACUGUUGCUCCCACGACAACAACUGCAGCAGCUCCUAUAACAACAACUGUAGCUGCUUCCAUAAACGCAACAGCAGCAUCUACUACGUCAAUCACAACUGCAGCAUCACCUACAACAACAACUGCAGAUGCUUCCACCACCACAAGUGCAGCACCUACUACAUCAAUCCCAACUGCAGCUUCUACUUCAACAACUGUUGCUCCCACGACAACAACUGCAGCAGCUCCUAUAACAACAACUGUAGCUGCUUCCAUAAACGCAACAGCAGCAUCUACUACGUCAAUCACAACUGCAGGUCCUACUAA